AUGCUGAAAGUCACCAUGCCCUCCUCGUCCUCCAGCUCCUCCGCCGCGGGCAGGGCGCCCGACUACUGGAUCGACGGCUCCAACAAAGACACCCUGGCGCAUUACUUCGAGCUGGAGUCGGAGCUGGGACGUGGUGCUACAUCCAUUGUCUACAGAUGCAGGCAGAAAGGAACCCAGAAGCCUUAUGCUGUCAAAAUGUUGAAGAAAACUGUAGACAAGAAAAUUGUCCGAACUGAAAUAGGUGUUCUCCUUCGCCUCUCGCAUCCAAACAUUAUAAAACUGAAGGAGAUAUUUGAAACCCCCACAGAAAUCAGUCUUGUUCUGGAGUUGGUCACAGGAGGGGAGCUAUUUGACAGGAUUGUGGAAAAAGGAUAUUACAGUGAGCGAGAUGCUGCCAAUGCUGUUAAACAAAUCCUGGAGGCAGUUGCUUACCUGCAUGCAAAUGGGAUUGUUCACCGUGAUUUGAAGCCAGAGAAUCUACUCUAUGCAACACCAGCACCAGAUGCACCAUUAAAAAUAGCUGAUUUUGGGCUUUCCAAGAUUGUGGAAGAUCAAGUGACUAUGAAGACAGUUUGUGGAACUCCAGGGUACUGUGCACCAGAGAUUCUACGUGGAUGUGCUUAUGGCCCAGAGGUGGACAUGUGGUCUUUGGGAAUAAUCACCUACAUCCUACUUUGUGGAUUUGAACCAUUCUAUGAUGAAAGGGGAGACCAGUACAUGUUUAAAAGAAUUUUGAAUUGUGAAUAUGACUUUGUGUCCCCCUGGUGGGAUGACGUGUCUCUAAAUGCCAAGGAUUUGGUUAAAAAGUUGAUUGUGUUUGAUGCUAAGAAGCGCCUCACGACCUUUCAAGCUUUGCAGCACCCUUGGGUCACAGGAAAGGCAGCCAAUUUUGCACAUAUGGACAAUGCACAAAAGAAACUUCAAGAAUUCAAUGCUCGGCGUAAACUUAAGGCUGCGGUGAAAGCUGUUGUGGCAUCAACUCGUCUUGGGAGUGCAAGUGGUCACAGCAGCCAUGACAGCAAUAAGCCCAGCCGUAAUCCGUCUCCAGUUCAAGACAGUGAACCGGAAGAGAAACCUACUCAGGAAGGAGAGGCAGCAUCAGAAGAGAAGCCUUAGGUCAUCUGCUUUCUUAUUUCAGCUGAGAUCAGUCAUUUCAUGCACCAGCUAUCUUGCCAUUCAGCAAGAAAGAUUUGUAAGCCUGGCCUCUCUGGUGGCCCUGCUUUGGAGUGCAAAAUGCACCAGCUGGUGGUCCUAACUUCAAUGCAUGUGACUGCUUAUGAAAAUAGUAAAUUGUCCUAUCAGGCAUGUCAUGGAUACAAUGUUAUUUGCUGUAAUACCAACAAGUGAAACAUGAGAGUGAGUAAAUACUACUUACAUUAAUGCAUACACUUCGUAUACCUUUAGAGAGUGUUUAGAGGUGACGUUUGAAAUGAAUACUAUUUCGUUUUGUUUUACAGAAGUAGGCAUCUUCUAGAGAUCAUUUAUUUGAA